GCCCCACAGGCAGAAUGAAUUUUUUAACAAGAAAAGACCCUAGGUCUAGAAAUUUUUCAAGCUACCAACCACGACCUUUCCAUCCUUCUAUUGAAAUACAACUUUGCGCCCACUCUCGUCUUUCAUCCUUUUUCUUCCUUACAUCGUUCAUUAAUUCGCAAGUCGCGCAUAGGUUUUUCACAAUCAGUCACUUAACCCUACUAUCGUUCCGUUACAAUGGGCAAGGUCAAACAAUCAAACGGCAAAGCCGCCAAGGCUGCCAAUCCCCUCACGGCCGUGAAAAACGCUGGCAUCAAAAAAUCCACUGACACCCCCAAGGCUAAGUCCAAGGCACUUGCUAAGGAUGUUGCUUCCAAGGCCGUUAACACCAAGGAGCUUGAGAAGAAGAAGAAGAAGAAGGUUGUAGAACCCGAAUCUGAAUCUGAGUCCGAGGAUGAGUCUGACUCUGCUUCCGAGGAAUCUGACUCUGAAGAUGCCUCCGGCUCUUCGGACGACGAUUCAGAUGCUUCUGAGUCCGAGGAAGAGAAGCCCGCUGUCAAGGCGAAGGCCAAUGGCAAAGUCAAUGGCAAGACUACCAAGCCGGUCGCCAACGGCAAGGCCAAGGCCGCCAAGGAGUCAUCUGAUUCUGAGGAUUCCUCCGACUCUGAUGAAGACAGUGAUGAUAGCGAAGAUGGUGGUGUCGCUGCUGCCAAGUCUGCUAAGCCUGCCGCAGAGAAGGCCAAGGCUAAGGAAGAGUCUGACUCCGACUCUGAUGACUCCGACUCUUCUAAGGAUGAGAAGGAUUCUGACGACUCUGAAGACUCCAGCGAGGAAUCUGAAGAGGCCGAGACGAAGUCUGAACAACCCAAGAAGCGCAAGGCUGAAGAGGAGGUAUCUACCCCUUUCAAGAAGACCAAGACCGAGGAGAAUUCCGAGGACGAAUACACAACUCUCUUCGUUGGAAACCUCGGCUGGGGUAUAGAUGAUGACAAGCUGUACGAGACGUUCAAGGAGUUUGCCGAUCUCACCAGUGCCCGAGUUGUCACUGACAAGGCUAUGCAACGCUCUCGCGGCUUUGGAUACGUUGAUUUCUCAUCUCAUGAGGGCGCCAAGGCCGCUUUCGACAAGAUGAACGGUUUCGAGCUCGAAGGCCGUGGAAUGAGACUUGACCCCUCCAAGCCCCGCCCUGCUGAUGACGCCACACCUAAUGCUCGUGCCCAAGACAGAGCCCGGCAACAUGGAGAUACCGUCAGCGCAGAAAGCGAUACCCUGUUCGUUGGCAAUCUACCGUGGGAUGCUGAUGAGGAUUCCGUCGCUGCAUUCUUCGGCGAGGUCGCAGAAGUCAAGAGUGUUCGACUUCCUACCGAUCCCGAUUCUGGAAACCGAAAGGGUUUCGGCUACGUCAGCUUCAACUCGGUAGAGGAUGCCAAGAGCGCCUUUGACGUGAAGAAUGGUGCUUAUGUUGGCGAGGGACGGAAUGCUCGUGCCGUCCGCCUUGACUUUGCUAGCCAACGACCCCCUCGUGAGGGCGGCGGCGGCGGCUUUGGUGGCCGAGGCGGUGGUGGGUUUGGCGGCCGAGGUGGUGGCCGUGGUGGUGGCCGCGGUGGCUUCGGUGGACGUGGUGGCGGUCGUGGCGGCGGUGGUCGUGGCGGUGGCGGACGUGGUGGUGGGUUUGGCGCUUCCUCCCGGGGUGGUAUGCGACAGUUUGAGGGCAAGAAGACCACUUUUUAAAGUGAUAUAGCCGCACAUGGCAGUUCCAUCUGAGGGUUCUUUGACACACGACGGUUGGCUUAGUGGGUUCGUCGGCUUCUCUAAAAUCUAAACCCCUCUGGGGUUGUGGGCUUUGAGGGCUAAGCUUCAACAAGAAGCUGUGAUUCAACCUGAGGGCUUGAUCGGAGGGUAACCUCCUUGUGGUUUCUGAGGGCUCGAGGGCUUCUUCGAAGAGAUGGCGCGGUUACGUACAGGCUGUUCUUACGCGCCUUAAUUCCCAUAUACCAGUUUUCAUCAGGUCGGCUUUUCCUUCUGUGGGCUCUGAGGGCUUCUUUCUGGUCAACGGAGUUGGUAUGAACCUUCUUAUGUGUGGGAUGAUAUCCCAUGCAUCUUGAAGCGGACCAAGCUUCUAGAUUACGAGGGCUUUAUGACGGCGUUAGAGGGCAUACAAAAGUUCUUCUCCUAUGGGUAUGAGAGACGAGCAGUGAGCAUUUUCUUUUGCAACUAUUCCGACGGGGGGAUGAUCAGGGCUCGGUGAGUAUACCACACUUCAUGUUUUCUUGAACAUACGCGACAUGAAUCGAAUAAUUUGAUACGAUCUAUUAACGGGCGCUCUCAAUAAUUACAAUUUACCUUCGACAGCACACACGAACUAACGC